ACCAAUGGUUCCCAUGCAGAUUCGACUUGCCCUACGUAACAAUACUAACAAUUCAAACUCACUCCGUGGUUUUCGUCUAACAAUUUCAAAUUCCUUGUCCUUCUCCACCUCUUCUUGUCUCUAAUUUUACUCUCUUAAUUGGAGCAAGACAGAGUCUGUGAUCCCCAUUUCCAAAUUCCGAUGACCUUUCUCAAGUUCCAGAAUUCUAGAGUCCUCAUUGAUAUAUGUUCCUUUGCAUUGGCCUAAUUGGCCUCGGCCAUGGCCAUAUACCUUCCACUUUAAUCAACUCCGCGUUUUGUGAAUAUGGCAUCUUCCCAGCUGGAAAUUGUUCCCUCUUCGCCUUUUGGUUGUGUCCUAAGGGAUCACAACCGUAAAGAACGAUGCAGGGACAGCAAUGUGAGCAGCGUGCAAACUGUGUUCGACAAGAAUUUCAAUGACUUGGUUCGAGAUCAUAUCAAUGGCUGUAUCUCUCUCUCUUCCCCCAAAAGUCCACAAAAUCAUAAUAAUGUCGCUUCUUGGGUCACCGAUGAACAAGGCAAUGCCAAUGCCAAUCCCAAUGCCAACGCUAACCGUCAUAACGUGCCAUCAUUCUCAAACAAGAACCACCACAACAAGAAAAACGGGGACCCUUCUGCUUCACCAAUCAACCCAAAGCAAUCCCCGGUUCUUGAUCGGUGGGUGACUAGGCAGUCGCAAGAUCUGGCGGUAUCCACCAUUGACAAACAGGUAAAUGAAGCUGCAGAACAAGUGUUGGCUCCUUCACAUUCAAACCCCGUAUCACCACCACCGCCACCGCCACCGGUGGCAUCAAGUUCUACCACAAAAAAUGCCCAAACUCGAUCGGAGAAUGCUUCGGUCACUCAUAAUCUUGCCGCUUCUUCCCUUGUUCAAAUAUGGGAGGCUAGGCUAAAUCGAUCCAACAGCAUAAAUUCAUACCAGAAUCAAAGCAUGGAUUCCAACACUAGCAGGACAAGUUCUGGUGUAAGCUCUAACGAGAAUAAUGCCUCCCCUAUGGAAGAAUCUUCAACAAGUGAACCAUUUGAGGAAAAAAUGGAGAACAGAACAAACAAUGUAGAUUCCUUAAUAGAGUUGGAGUCAUUUUCAGAUAGAACCGCGGCAGGUGAAGCAGCUUCUUCUUCUUCUUCUGCGUGUAGCAAGACUUUUGACGCUGGGGAGAUUGAAAGAGUGAGAAUUGUGGAUAUCAUCAAGAAAUUGAAAAAUUGCAGGGAAGAUGCGAAUGAUCAUGAGCAUACAGGCUCCCACUCGCAGUGUAAAGAGCCAAAGCAUUGUUCAAAACCAAAUGAAUCAUUGCGGAGGUGUUUCUCACUGGUCAUAAACUCACCCCUAAUAAGAGGGCGACAAGCAUUCCAAGAUUUUCUCAUACGGAUAGAGCGAGAUAAGAAAAGAGAGUUGGAAUCACUUGUGAAACGCCAGGCUGUUUCCAAAUUCCCACAGCGUGGCCGUGUUCAGUCAAUGCUACGGCUUAAAAGCCUACAACGCUGCCUGACUAUUCAAGAUAAAUGUCGUCCACAACUGAAUCGCUCUCAAGGGUCUACCAUUAUGCAUCUCAGGGAGAAGUUUAGCACCGGUGCUGAGCAAGGCAUGACAGCCCAGAAUGUUUCAGCUACUCCAAGAUACAUCUGUAAGGACAAAAGCUCCACUUGCAAACCUCCGCAGAGGGAAGAUACUCAUUGCCAAAAGGGGCAACAGAGUUCAUCGCCGCUUGAUAGUUUGACAACCAACAAAUAUGAAGAUAUUAAAGAAAAGGCCAAGCCACCUUCAGAUGCCGUGCAACAGAAAACAAGCCUGGAAGCAAAAUCCCCUGAAUCACCAAAAAUUUCUAAGGAAACGAAGCCAUUGGAGGCUCCAUCGGAGAAUGAGGUGGCAAAAAAAGAAGAGUUGAGCAGCCAACAACAACUCAUCCUUGGCUCACAAGAAACUGCAGAAACAGUAACCCAAAAUGAGGUUGCAAAAGCAGAGCAAGAAAAGGACCAGCAUCAACUUAUUCUUGACUCGCAAGAAAACAUGGAAACAACAACAACAACAUCCGUGGUUAGUAGCAUAGAGAAUGAGAUAGUUGAAGAAGAGGACAUUGGUGAUCAGCAGCAUAUCUGCGUAGACCCUCAGUCUCAGGAUAUUGUAGACAAUACAUCAACAUCCUGCAUUAAUGACGGGAAUGAGAAUGAGGUAACAGAAGAAGAGGAGGAUCAUUACCAACAAUAUUUUGAUGAAACUGAUGAUUAUGAUUGGUUUAGCAAUAUAUCUCGACCUAGAAGUUAUUGGGAAGGCUUAAGGCAAGCAUGGUACGAUGAAGUGCUUAACGCUACCUCAAAUAAUGAGGAGAUUCGUCAGCUACUAGAAAGGGGAAGAGUUUCAACUUUGCUUGGCAGUGAUUUCCGAGAUACAAUGGACCGAUUAAUGACUUCUCGUGUACAGAUCCAAGCGGAUGGGGCAGAAAGUCAACAAGAAGUGGAUGAUAAGGAAGGAAUUAUAUGCAGGGGAAGAGUUUCAACUUUAUUUGACAGUGAUUUCCUAGAGAAAAUGAACCGAUUAAUGACUUCUCGUGUACAAAUGCAAGCUGAUGUUGCUGAAAGUCAACAAGAAGUUGAGGAUAAGGAAGGAAUGGUCCAACGAGUGUCUUACGAAGAAGAAGAAGAAGAAGAAGAAGAAUACGACGAUGAAGAAGAAAGGAGCUUAAGCAGCCGUCAAUGUCAAGAAGUCAAUAACUACUUCAAUAAUUCCUCACCAUCUAUACAAAUGCCUUCACCAUCAGCUAUGAUGACGAGGUCAUGGAGUUUUCAGGAUGAUAACGAAACCAGUAACGACGAGCGGGGUGCAUCUUUAUUUUCACCUCCACCCCAACCAUCUCAAGCUGAAGGUUACCAGGAUGCUAGACAGUCCGCUUCUUCGAUAAACCGCCCUUCGCUCGAAAUGGAACUCAUAUGUGAUUUAAGAGGGCAUAUCGAGCAACUUCACAGCGAGAUUAGUGAACUAAGAAAAUCAGUUAUGACAUGCAUGGACAUGCAGAUGAAAUGGCAACACUACUCCCUUAAUCGAGAAGUUCAUUCGGUUGAAGGGGAAGGGAAGAAUUCAGCAGAUAGGACGCCUUGGAAGCGUAGUUGUUGUAUUUGCUAUGAAAUGCAGGUGGACUCACUUUUGUACAGAUGCGGGCACAUGUGCACCUGUCUGAAAUGCGGGAAUGAAUUACAAUGGAGGAGUGGAAAGUGCCCAAUAUGCCGAGCUCCAAUACUGGAUGUUGUGCCUGCCAAGUGAUGACGCAUCGCAUCGAGUUCUUGCUCCAGAGGACCGUACGUCGUCUGCAUUAAUUCUUACUUAACACUAAUUCAAAUUAAUGCAGCACAUUAAUUAAUUACCAUUUUCAUUUUCUUGUAAUAAUUUAAUUUUUGAAGUUUAAUCAUAUAUCUCAAUGGUUUUGUCUUUUGUAUAGUUUUUCUAUGUAAUCACUAGAUACAUGUAUCAUGUGUACUAUAUACCCUAUAUUUGGAAUGCACAUAUGUCUUGUAUUGGUCCUGUCUCUUGUAUUCACUACUCUUUAUCCAAUUUCUCCAAUUAAUUACUUAUACAACAAGUCAUAAUAAUCAGAAAUUUUACAAUAUUUUAAAAAUUAAAUUGAUAAUUGAAUCGUUUU